AUGAUCUUUAUUCACGAUCUCAUCGAAAACCGCGACGAUGCAUGGACAACACAUGCAAAUGAACCCUGGCCUAAGACACACCUGCCUGAAAUAAUUCCUAAUGUCCGGACUCUCGCGUUUGGAUAUGAUGCAACUGCGCGGAAGAUGGCUGAUAUUGUCUCCUGGACAAAGGUAGAGGAGCACGCAAAACGCUUGCUAGAGGCAGUAGCUGUCCUGAGUGAAAAUAAUGGAAAUCGCCCUGUAUUCUUCGUAGCCCAUGGCCUCGGCGGUCUUCUUUGUGAAGCAGCUCUUGUGAUAUCGGCCGAACAAGAC